AUGGAGGGAUGCAAACCUUCUACUACACCCUUCCUUAGAGACACAAGCCCAUUAUACAAAUUGGACAGCCAGCUUGAUGAUCCUGGACCCUACAGAAGGUUGAUAGGGAAGUUGCUUUACCUUACAAAUACUAAACCUGACCUAUGUUAUACAAUCAAUUCACUUAGUCAAUUUAUGCAAUUUCCUAUAGAACACCAUUAUCGGGCUGUUCAGCAUGUGCUCAGAUACAUCAAAUCCACACGAAGUGAAGGAUUUUUUUUCGCUGCUGAUUCACCUAUGCAUCUAAAAGGUUUUAGUGACUCUGAUUGGGCUACUUGCCCUAACACCAAAAGAUCAACUACGCGUUUUUGUAUUUUUCUCGGGACAUCACUUGUUUCCUGGAAGUCUAAAAAACAUAAAACUGUUUCCAGAUCAUCUACUGAGGCUGAAUACAGAGCCCUUGCUGCCACUGUAUGUGAAAUACAGUGGCUCCACUAUUUACUUGAAGAUCUUCAAAUUGAAGAAUCUGGAGUUCCUGCCCUAUACUGCGACAACAAGUCUGCUCACCACAUUGCUCAUAAUCAGAGCUUUCACGAACGGACCAAGCACAUCGAGCUUGACUGUCACGUUGUUCGUGAAAAAAUCCAGGAAGGCCUUCUACAUCUUCUCCCUGUGCGGUCCGAUGAACAGCUGGCCGACGUCUUCACUAAAUUCCCGCAUCGCGUCAGCUUCAAGCAUAUCAUUCCCAAGCUUGGACUGAUUAAUAUACACCGUCCAGCUUGA